GGCAUGUUACAUCAUUGCUUGAUUGGGGUUUUUUGUCAUACGCUGUGAAAAUUCAAGCGCACUGUGUUUCUGCUCAUCCUCAUAGGUGCAGUGAGGUAUUACAGAUUCCAUCAUGGCUGAUACCAAAGAGAGCAAUGUUCCUGCUCCUGGUGAAGCAGAGGGUGAUGGACCACCCAAAACUGCAAAACAGCUGGAGAAGGAGGCAAAAAAACAGGCUAAAUUGGAUAAACUGAAACAGAAGCAAAAUAUGUUGUCUGAGAAAGCCUCCAAGGCAAAGGAGAAGAAGGACAAAGGAGAAAAGACUGAGCGCAAGAAGCCGGAGCGGCCGGAGGGUGUGACGUCAUACGACGCGCCGACGCCGGCUGGCGAGCGCAAGGAUACGUCGCGCCCGCUGCCGGACGCCUACAGCCCACAGUAUGUGGAGGCGGCCUGGUACAGCUGGUGGGAGAAGCAGGGCUUCUUCUCGCCCGACUACGGGCGGGAUCCGGGCACGGAGAAUCCCAAGGGUCAGUUCGUGAUGGUGAUUCCACCACCGAACGUCACGGCCAAUCUCCACCUGGGUCACGCGCUCACCAACUCCGUAGAGGACGCCAUCACGCGCUGGCACCGCAUGAAGGGUCGCAGCGCGCUCUGGGUGCCCGGCUGCGACCACGCCGGCAUCGCCACCCAGGUGGUGGUGGAGAAGCGGCUGAUGCGCGAGCAGAAGCUCACGCGGCACGACCUCGGCCGUGAGAAGUUCGUCGAGAAAGUCUGGGAGUGGAAGAACGAGAAGGGCGAUCUCAUCUACGAGCAGCUGCGUCGGCUCGGCUCGUCCUUUGAUUGGUCCCGGGCCAGCUUCACCAUGGACCCGAAGCUGGCGCGCGCCGUCAAGGAGGCGUUCGUGCGCCUGCACGACGAGGGCGUCAUCUACCGCAGCUUGCGACUCGUCAACUGGUCCUGCACGCUCAAGUCGGCCAUCUCCGAUAUCGAGGUGGAGAAGCGCGAGCUGCCCGGCCGCACCCUGCUCGCCGUGCCCGGCUACAAGGAUAAGGUGGAGUUCGGCGUGCUCGUCUCGUUCGCCUACCGCGUGGACGGCAGCGGCGACGAGCUGGUGGUGGCCACCACUCGCGUGGAGACCAUGCUCGGCGACACGGCCGUCGCCGUACACCCGGACGAUCCCAGGUACACGCACCUGCACGGCAAGUUCGUGCUGCACCCGUUCCUGCCGCGCCGGCUGCCGAUCGUGUGCGACACGUUCGUCGAGAUGGAGUUCGGCACGGGCGCAGUGAAGAUCACGCCCGCGCACGACCCCAACGACUACGAGGUCGGCAAGCGGCACAAUCUGCCGUUCAUCACCAUGAUGACGGACGAGGGCCGCAUCGCCGACGACUGCGGCCAGUUCUCUGGGAUGCCGCGAUUCGAGGCCAGGCGCGCCGUGUUGGCAGCCCUCAAGGAGAAAGGACUGUACAAGGAGACCAAGGACAACCCAAUGGUGGUGCCCAUCUGCACCCGCUCCAAGGACAUCAUCGAGCCGCUUAUCAAGCCCCAGUGGUACGUCAAGUGUGACGAGAUGGCGGCGGACGCCAUGGAGGUGGUCAAGUCCGGCGAGCUGCGAAUCAUCCCGGAGACGUACCAGAAGACCUGGUACCACUGGAUGUCGGGCAUCCGGGACUGGUGCAUCUCGCGCCAGCUGUGGUGGGGCCACCGCAUCCCGGCCUACUUCGUCACCGUCGGCGACGACAGCGUGCCUCGGGGCGAGGAGACGGACGGCCGGUACUGGGUGAGCGGCCGGGACGAGGCCGAGGCGCGCCAGAAGGCUGCCGACCGGUUCCAGGUGGCGCCCGAGGUCGUCUCGCUCCGCCAGGACCCGGACGUGCUCGACACCUGGUUCAGCUCGGCCCUGUUCCCGUUCUCCGUGUUCGGGUGGCCGGACCAGACGGAUGACUUGAAGCGGUUCUACCCGACCUCCCUGCUGGAGACCGGCCACGACAUCAUCUUCUUCUGGGUGGCCAGGAUGGUCUUCUUCGGCAGAAAGCUGAUGGGCCAGCUGCCGUUCAAGGAAGUGUACUUCCACGCCAUGGUGUGCGACGCGCACGGUCGCAAGAUGUCCAAGUCUCUGGGCAACGUGAUCGACCCGCUGGACGUCAUCCGGGGUAUCUCGCUGGAGGACCUGCACAAGCUGCUGCACAACAGCAACCUGGACCCUGCCGAGGUCAAGAAGGCCAUGCAGGGGCAGAAGGAGGACUAUCCGAAGGGCAUACCCGAGUGCGGGACGGAUGCGCUGCGGUUCGCGCUCUGCGCCUACACGACGCAGGGCCGCGACAUCAACCUGGACGUGCUGCGCGUGCAGGGCUACCGCUUUUUCUGCAACAAGCUGUGGAACGCCACCAAGUUCGCCAUGCUGUACCUGGGCGACGCGUUCGAGCCGACGGCGGAGAUGCCGGCGGCGGGGGGCGGGGAGUCGGCGGGUGGUCUGGACCCGAUGGACCGAUGGAUCCUGUCCCGGCUGUCGGCCGCCACCGACGCCUGCGACGCCGGCUUCGUCAACUACGACUUCCAGGCCGCCACCACUGCGUGCUACAACUUCUGGCUGUACGACCUCUGCGACGUGUACCUGGAGUCGAUCAAGCCGGUGUUCGCGGACGGCGAGCCGGCCCGGCAGGCGGCCGUGCGCCAGGUGCUCUACACCUGCCUGGAAGUGGCGCUCCGGCUCAUCGCGCCCUUCAUGCCGUUCAUCGCCGAGGAGCUGUUCCAGCGGCUGCCGCGCCGCAGCCCCGACGCCCCGCCUAGCAUCUGUGUCACCGCGUACCCGGAGCCGGAGCAGCUGGCGCCGUACCGGCACGCGGCGCUGGAGGCGGAGGUGGAGCUGGCGCAGCGGGUGGUGCACACGGUGCGCUCGCUGCGCGCCCAGUACAACCUGCCGAACAAGACGCGCGCGCACCUGGUGCUGCGCUGCUCCGAGCCUGAGACAGCGGCCGUGCUGCGCCGGCUGGCCGCCGCCGUCGCCACGCUCAGCUACUCGAGCCGCGUCGAGGUGAACGCCGAGCCGCCGGCCGGCUGCGCCAUCAGCACCGUCUCCGACAAGUGUGAGGCGCACCUGCUGCUCAAGGGUCUGGUGGACCCGGCGAAGGAGCGGGAGCGACUGGGCAAGAAGCAGACACAGUUGGCCGGCGCGCUGGAGAAGCUGACGGCGCAGACGGAGAUGGCGGACUACGCCACGAAGGUGCCGGAGGACGUGCGGACGGCCAACGCCGACCGGAGCGUGCAGCUGCGCGCCGAGAUCGAGAGCAUCGAGCGCGGCCUGCAGCAGCUGCUGCUCAUGGAGUGACGUCCCACCUCCCAAUACACGCCUGCGAACGUGA